AUGUCUGAAAAAUCAAGCCAAGAGCAGCCGCCUUCUUCUGUUGAAGAGAAGAAAUUAUCUAAUAAGGAACUCAAGGAGUUAAAGAAGAAGGAAAAGGCUGCAAAACGUGCAGCAGCAAAGGCAGGUAGUAGUACUAAUGAGUCAGGCGAUACCCCACAGAGUGGAUCACAAAAAGGUAAGAAACCAGUAGGCGGUGCUACUAAGACUGUUAGUCAAGUAAAAAAACAGAUGAACAAUGCAAAGACCCAUGAUCCAAGUGACAAAGUUCCACCAAUGUUUGGACAUCUACAAUCUAAAGAAGAAAAAAUAUUAUCAACACCAGAUAUUGCAUCCAUUGUUCAUCCGUCAAUUCUAUCAUUAACACUAAAGAUGUCUACCUAUAAAGUUGUUGGGUCCAGCUCUAGAUGUAUUGCGAUGAUGGAAGCAUUCAAAGAAGUGAUUAAAUCAUAUAAAACACCAGAAGGAACCAGUUUACAAAGACAUUUAACCGGACAUUUGUCACAUCAGAUUGAAUUUCUAAAGACUGGUAGACCAUUGAGUAUAUCUAUGGGUAAUGCCAUCAGAUGGUUGAAGCAGAAGAUUUCGGUGAUCCCUAUUACUACAGUUGAGGAAGACUGUAAGAGAAUCCUAAUUGAUGAAAUUGACAUGUUUAUAACCGAGAAGAUUGUUGUGGCAGAUAGAGUUAUUGUUGAGUAUGCCGAGAGCCACAUUACCAAUGAUUCCAAGAUAUUGACGUAUGGUCAUUCUAAGGUAUUGGGUGAAUUGUUUGAAUAUGCUGCAAUUGAACAAGGCAAAAAAUUUGAAAUUUACAUAAUCGAUAGCAAACCAUUGUUUGAAGGUAAGAAACUAGCCAAAAGGUUGAGUAAACUUGAGAAUGUUAAGUUGCACUAUAACUUAAUCAACUCUCUCAGCAGUGUGCUAGAAACCAAGAUUGAUUACUGUUUUCUUGGUGCACAUUCAAUGCUAUCCAACGGUAGAUUGUAUUCCCGUGUCGGUACUGCAUUAGUUGCCAUGGCAUCAAAGAAUAAAUCUAUACCUGUUCUAGUAUGUUGCGAGAGUUUGAAAUUUAGUGAUAAAGUUCAGUUAGACUCUGUGACCACUAAUGAGUUAGGCGAUGGUGACGAUUUAAUCAAUACAAAACCAUUCAGUAAGGAAGGUAAUGCAUUAAAAACAUAUUUAAAGAGGUUAGACGAUGCGAAAGAAGCCAGUACUAAGAAAGGUAAACAGCAGCAGCAGCAGCAACAACAACAAAAACAACAGCAACAAGGAUCCGGCCGUAAAGAUGAUAAUGAUUUGAGUAAUUGGAAAGAGAUCAGAAGUCUAAACAUUCUCAAUAUAUUGUAUGAUCUAACGCCACCUGAAUAUAUUCAAAAGAUUGUUACUGAGUUUGGCGCAUUGCCACCUUCUUCUGUUCCAGUUAUUUUAAGAGAAUACAAGAGUAGUACAUAG